AUGGACAUAGUGCAGCCCAAAGACCUGGAACAGUCCCUUGGCUUGGCCAAGAGGAGACAUGCGGAGCUGUGCAGGCAGAACCGGAUCUUUAAUGCCAGGAACAGGAUCAUCGGGGGAGAUGCAGAAGCCUGGGAUAUUCAGCUUCAUGACCAGAAGAUAAGAGAGGCAACUGAAAAAGCCAGACAUGAAACAUUUGCUGCUGAAAUGAGGCGCAGUGACAAGACCACAUGCACAUUGGAAGACCGGGAAAGAAGAGAUAGGAAGAAUCUCUGCAAAGCUAUCACCGACUUCCAGCAGAGCCUUCAGAAGCCAGAAAGUCGCAGAGAAUUCGACCUUUCUGACCCCCUAGCCCUUAAGAAAGAUCUUCCAGCCCGGCGGUCAGAUAAUGAUGAUCGGAACACAGUGUCGGGGAUGCAGAGGUUCAUGGGAGAGGAUUUGAACUUCCACGAGAGGAAGAAGUUCCAACAGGAACAGAACCGAGAAUGGUCCUUGCAACAGCAAAGGGAACGGAAGAAUGCUCGGGCCGACCACAAACGUGCAGAGGACCUCUACAUGAAGACCAGGCUGCAGUUUGACGAAACGGCCAAGCAGUUGCAGAACCUGGAGAGCGCCACCAGGAAGGCCGUUCGAGCAGCUGUGCAGGAAUUCAACAAGAGCCAGGCCUUGGAGUCAGCGGAAAGGAAGAGUCUGGAGAAGAAACAAGAGCAAGAGGACAACCUGGCCGAGAUCUCCAACCUGCUGCGCGGGGACCUGCUCUCGGAGAACCCGCAGCAGGCAGCCAGCUCCUUCGGGCCGCACCGCGUGGUCCCCGACCGCUGGAAGGGCAUGACCCGGGGGCAGCUGGAGCAGGUCCGCCUGGUGCAGAAGCAGCAAGUGCAGGAGAAGCUGAGGAUCCAGGAGGAAGAGCGCCAGAGAGACCAGGAGUGGGACUGGCAGAGGGUCCAGAACGCCCGCACCUCCGUGCUGAUGGAGCGGCAGCGGCGGCGGCAGCAGCGUGACCUGCGCAGAGCCCUGGACUGCAGCAACCUCGGCCUGGCCAGGGAGCAGCUUCUGCAGAAAAAAUUAAUGAAGGAAGUCUGUACAGACCAUCCCACUGAAGAUUAUUUCACACAGUUUAAUACAAGAAGUCGAUAA